GACACGGCGCCUGUCCUCGACACCAUGGCCGGCUGGCCCCUCGUAGCCGCCGCCUUCCUGUGCGCCAGCGCCGUCCAGUGUGUGCCCGUGGAGCAGACGACCGCCGCGACAGCCAUAACGGAACCCGGUCACAGUUUUGGACAGCCCGGUGCGGAUGGACAGGUGGGACUGCCAGUGAGUGAAGACGGCGUGUCCUCUAAUGGAGUGAGACGACGAAAUGGCGCGGAAUCGGCGGAGGAAAACAGGAUAGAGCCGACCACUCGGGAGCGUCUGGUUAUGCAGAGACUGGGCGUGAGGUGCUCCGGCGGAGACAUCCUCUCCUGCUUCAUGGUGGAGCUCACCGACUACUUUGACGGCUUCAUGGCCAGGAGUACUGUGAACCUGCUGCCUGGCGUCAAUCUCACCCAGGUGUGGCCACAGCAGCCGCUCAACUCCAGCGAGGAAGAGCCGGCCGAGACCUCGCGGUCUGACGGCAACUCCGGCCCGUCGCUGCUGCAGCUGAUCGGCCGGAAGGUGUGGGCGUUCGCACGCAGCCACGUGCUCAGCCUCGACUUGCGGCCCGUGGCGGACUUCGUGCAGGAAGCGCGUACGCGCGGCUUCCUUCGGAGCCUAGAGCAGGCAAUCGGGGCAGGUCGCAGCGAGAAGCUCACCGUCGGCGGUAUCGACUUACCAAUCGGCAGCAGUGACAGCGGGAGCGAUGACGAUGACGACGACGACGACGACAACGACAAAGACAACAGCACGAGGACGACGAUGACGGCGAUCGUGCUGAAGACGGUGGUGCUGGGCGUGCUGGCGCUCAAGGUGAUGGCCGUGCUCAUCGUCAAGGUGGCCGUCAUCAUGAAGGUGACGGCGGCAGCCGCCGUGCUCGCGCUCCUCUUCUUCCACGGCUUCCAGAAGGACAUCUCCUAUCAGGUGGGCCGCGGCAGCCUCAGCGUACCAGCAAAGCCGUCAGCCACUUAG